CAUUAGCCAUUUAAACCCCCUGCAAAACGUACGAUCAUCAAAAGCUAGUUCUAAAUUUUUCGUUCUUACAGGAAAAAAAAAAAACUAAUUCUAAUUACAUAAAAUUUCUUCUUUACCGAAAGUACCCCCGAAACCAUAAAAUUAUUACCACUUAUGUCCGUUGACUCCGACGCGGGAACAGCCUCGGCUUCCUCCAGCAGAGACUGGUACUUCCCUUCACCGCCCUUCCUCCACCACCAGAAUAUCUCAAAUUACCCCCGCCGAUUCCCCGAAACCCCCAGAUUCUCCCCUGUACCGGAGCCGUCGCCACCGCAAAGAGCUUUCCACCAUGCAGGCCUUCGCCGGAGAGUCGGAUUCGCUCGCCGGAGCGACCAGCCUCUCAGAACUGACCGCCGCGACGACGCCAUUUCGGUCCGGAAGUCGGAAAAUUCCGGUGAGAGGGCUUCCGCUCCGAAGAAGGCGAUAGGUUUUCUCGGUCAAGGCUUGGAGUUUCGAGCUCGAUGGAAGAUGGCUGUCACUGUCGCGGUUUUGAUCACGGUUUUCUCGUCACUUCUGUAUCAGAAUUUCUCUUUGCACAACCAGGUCAAUGCUUUGCAGGAGCACAUUUCUGAGCUUGAAACUUCACUUCUUGCCUGCAAUUUGUCAGAAUCAAUAGAUUCUAUCAAUUCCUUUGCAGGGGACACUGAUGAUCUUCCCAGCAAAAGCUUAAAAAGAUUGGCUCUUUUUGUUUCAGUCACACUUCUAUCCAUCCCCAUAUUUGCCUUCAAGUUUAUUGACUAUGUAUCAAAACAAAGGUCAUCGGAAAAUAUUUCAGAAGAAGUUUCUCUCAACAAGCAGCUAGCGUAUCAGGUCGAUGUGUUUUUAUCAGUCCACCCAUAUGCUAAGCCAUUGGGAUUGCUAGUUGCAACUCUUUUACUUAUUUGUCUUGGUGGGUUAGCGCUUUUCGGAGUGAAAGACGAUAACUUAGCAGAAUGCCUUUGGUUAUCAUGGACUUAUGUGGCUGAUUCUGGCAAUCAUGCUAACUCUGAACAAAUCGGUGAAAGAUUAGUUUCGGUUUCUAUUAGCUUUGGUGGUAUGCUAAUCUUUGCAAUGAUGCUUGGACUUGUUUCUGAUGCAAUUUCCGAAAAGUUUGAUUCGUUGAGGAAAGGAAGAAGCGAGGUAGUUGAGCAAAACCAUACGUUGAUUCUUGGGUGGAGCGAUAAAUUGGGAUCACUAUUAAAUCAGCUUGCAAUAGCAAACGAGAGUUUGGGGGGAGGAAUGGUUGUGGUAAUGGUCGAGAGAGACAAGGAGGAAAUGGAACUUGACAUUGCAAAAAUGGAGUUUGAUUUCAAAGGAACAUCCGUCAUUUGCAGAAGUGGGAGUCCUCUUAUUCUGGCUGACUUGAAAAAGGUAUCUGUCUCAAAGGCCCGUGCAAUAGUCAUCCUUGCUGAAGAUGGAAACGCUGAUCAGAGCGAUGCUCGUGCACUGAGAACUGUUUUAAGUCUAACGGGAGUAAAAGAAGGGCUUAGAGGACAUAUAGUGGUUGAGCUAAGUGAUCUUGACAAUGAGGUUCUUGUUAAACUUGUUGGCGGGGACCUUGUUGAGACUGUUGUGGCUCAUGAUGUUAUUGGCCGCUUGAUGAUUCAAUGUGCUAGACAGCCAGGACUUGCACAGAUUUGGGAAGAUAUCCUUGGGUUUGAAAAUUGUGAGUUCUACAUCAAAAGAUGGCCUCAAUUGGAUGGCAUGCAUUUUGAGGAUGCCUUGAUCAGUUUCCCUGAUGCCAUCCCCUGUGGAGUCAAGGUUGCAUCAUUAGGUGGUAAAAUUAUUCUAAAUCCCGAGGAUUCCUAUGUUCUAGAAGAAGGUGAUGAAGUUCUUGUGAUAGCGGAGGAUGAUGAUACAUAUGCUCCAGCGGCGUUGCCUAUGGUCUGGAGAGGAAGUCUACCCAAAGACUUUAUUGUUCCAAAGAAAGCUGAAAAGAUACUUUUGUGUGGUUGGCGACGAGAUAUGGAGGAUAUUAUUAUGGUGUUGGAUGCCUUCCUGGCACAUGGUUCAGAGCUCUGGAUGUUUAACGAAGUUGCGGAAAAUGAAAGGGAAAAGAAGCUCAUUGACGGUGGUCUUGAUAUCAGCAGGUUGGAGAAUAUAACUCUGGUUAAUCGUGAGGGAAAUGCUGUUAUACGGCGUCAUUUGGAAAGCCUGCCUUUGGAAUCUUUUGAUUCUAUCUUAAUUCUAGCUGAUGAGUCUGUGGAAGACUCAGCAAUUCAAGCCGACUCCAGAUCUCUUGCCACAUUACUGUUGAUUCGCGAUAUUCAGGCCAAGCGGAUGCCGAUGGUAACACAAGUUCACAGAGGAAGCUUCUCACAAGGCUCUUGGAUUGGCGAAAUGCAGCAGGCUUCUGACAAGUCAGUUAUAAUUAGUGAAAUUCUGGAUCCAAGGACUAAAAAUCUAUUAGCCAUGUCAAAGAUCAGUGAUUAUGUGCUAUCAAAUGAGCUCGUCAGCAUGGCAUUAGCCAUGGUUGCUGAGGAUCGACAAAUAAACAAUGUGUUGGAAGAGCUCUUUGCCGAGGAGGGAAAUGAGUUACAAAUACGGCAAGCAGAUCUCUAUCUUCGUGAAGGUGAGGAAUUGAGUUUCUAUGAAGUAAACCUACGAGCCCGACAGAGGAGAGAGAUUGUGAUUGGUUACCGGUUGGCUAAUGCUGAGAGAGCUGUAAUUAAUCCUCCAUCCAAAAGCAACAGACAAAGGUGGUCAGUGAAGGAUGUUUUUGUGGUAAUUGCUGAGAAGGAAUGAAUUAUUCCUAAAAUUACCCAGGUGAAAAAGAAAAGACUUGGGAAUUUCAUCAGAAAUGAGGUACUGUUUUAGAUGUGGUUUUAUAGGCAUCUUAUGGAAAAAGCAUGUGCUUGUGAUUUUCUGAAAGAAAAAAAAUGGUGGAGAAUUGAGAAUGCUUCCACUCCCCGCAGAGAGAUUGAAAGAGAGAAUACAUCCGGGCUUCCUACACCAGAAAUCGACAUUAAACUUCUCUGUUUAGAUGUAUAUCAGUUAUCAGAUUAAGUAUACCACACAAAUUUCUGUAUAUUUUCCCUAAUUCACAGUGAACCUAUCAAGCGGCCAUGUCAAGUAGUCAACAAUCACCAUUUUUUUCCCCACAUGUAGCAGAGUAUGUUCGACUGUUCAAU